AAUUCAACACACCCUGAAGUGCACCUCCGAUCUCCCUCCCUCAACUUUAGCAGCUCCUGAGCCAGUUCCUUGAGCAGCCAAUUCUCGCAGCACUCCAACGACCGCGACUAGCUUUUACUUUCAGCACUCGCUACUAUGGCGCUCGCAGAAAUCGACCAGUCCCCUUUCGAGCACCUGUUCGACCUAGAGACCAUCCCCGCGUGUCCCGACUCCGGCGACAUGGACACGGCAGUCGACUCCUUCCUCAACCUCCCCAGCUUCCCCUGGACCGCCUGCGACGACCACACUGGGGCUCCCAAGACCGUGACCCCCGCACCUGCGACGUCCGUCGGUAUAUCCGGCGGGAAGAGCGGCGGAAAGAGCGGCAAGGCGAAGGCGAGCAAGGCGGCGCAGCGCGCGACGCAGAAGCAGCUGCUCGCGGCGAUCAUGGAGGCCCUCGCCGACUCCGACGACGCCGACGAGCCCUCCUCGCCCGAAUCCGCCUCUGCUCCCGCCCCGCCGGCUAAGCGCGCCAAGCUGGCCCCCCGCGACGCCGUUGAGUCCCGCCCGCUGCCGCAAUUGGACAGCCUGAGCAACAACAGCCCGGCGAGCAGCGGUAACCCGUCGUCCGCGCUGCUCGACUCGCUGCUGGGUCAGCUGCCGCGGGUCGAUACGCACCUCGACGCGAUCAUCGCCGCGCUCGACGGCGGCUCAGACGCGGAGAAGAGGCAACCGGGGCAGACGGGAAGCAGCAGCGCAGCUUAUGAGCAGGCAGAGGCGGCGGAGCGCAACAGCGCGGACCAGCGCGUACUUGCGCGCGCCAACAGCUCCAGCAGCGUGGAUAGCUCCGCCGCGGAAGCCGCCGCCGCUGCCGCCGCCGCGUUGGCAGUGGGUUCGCUUAAGCGCAAGGCGCCGGAGUGUGAGGUCGUGUCCCCCGUUGCGCCUGCCGCAGCCGUGAGCGGAAGCGAGGCGGAGAUGGCGCGCCAGAUGCGCCGUGCGCUCGGAGCUGCCGUCCUCCGCAGCGGCCCGUGCCCCGCACCCGCUGCCUUCGCCGCCCCCGCGGCCCCCGCCGCUCCGCUGCCAGUGUCUAAUGGUCCGCUGCGGAUGCCCAUCCGCCUGCCCACCGCUGAGGUGGCGGCUCCCGCGCCACUAGCCAUGCGCGCCGCUGCGCCAGAAGCGGCAGCUCCCAUGUACAAUGACAGCUCAGACGAUGACAUGGCGGGUUUCGGCGGAAGCCCCGCGUGCGGAGGCGCCAAUGGGGGGGCGGACGAAGCGGACGAUUGGAUGCCGCGCAGCCGUGGGCGCAAGGACCGGCAGGUGGCGGGGGGGCGCAUCAAGGCGCGGAGCAUGGCGGAGAGGCAGAGGCGGGAGCGCAUCAGCGAGGGGCUGCAGAAGCUGCGCAUGGCAGUGCGCGGCCACGGGGACACCGCCACCAUGCUCGACAACGCCGUCGCGUACGUGGACGCCCUGCAGCGCCGCGUGAGCUCGCUGGAGACCACCCUGCUGCUGCACAGGGCCUCGUGCAAACACCCGGGGCAGCCUGAUUGCUCUAUGGCCUCACCUGCAGAAUCUCCUGACGUUUUCUCGGCGGACUAUUGAAGUGCAUCCUUUGAUUUAAAAAAUAGCAUUAGCUCAACUAACAAAUAAAGUGCAAUUUGUUACAUCAUUCAUUAAUCGUGUAUAAUUAUUUGUACCUUCUA